GUAUUAUAUUGCGAUGCAGUUCGUUUCAAUUGUUCGCCAAACGCAUAAAUAUAGGCUGUAAAAUUUUCAAGAAUCAGUUUUAGUUGUGGCAAUUGAACGAAACACUACCAAGAUGCUGAAAUCUUUAAUUAUCUUUGCUUUCCUGUUGCUUGUAAAAGAACUACAGGCCCAUCAUUUUGGACACCCUUGUGCCUUCAUCAAUCCACUAUUUCAACGAUGUUGCGGAACUUAUGUUGCUUCGUACCCUCGCAUUUGUUGUGGAACAACAGGUGCUAAUCGUUUCACACAACUAUGCUGCAACAAUGUAGCAGUAACAAAAAGUGCAACAGCGACUACUUGUUGUGGAGAUACAGCUAUAGAUGGUAACACUCAAUUAUGCUGCAACGGCGAUGCUGUACCUAAAAGUGCAACAGCGACUACUUGUUGUGGAAAUACAGCUAUAGAUGGUAACACUCAAUUAUGCUGCAACGGCGUUGCUAUAGCGAAAACUGGAAAUCAAAUUUGCUGUGGAGGAUCUGUUAGAGACCUCUGGUAUGGCGGAUGUUGUGGUGGAAGAGCCAUCCAGUAUUUUGGAAGGUUGUGUUGUCUAUGGCCUAACUUCUGGCGAUGUCGAGUUUAAUCAUAAGUACACAUUAGCUCCUCCUGAUUCUCGAACGGCUCAAUAAUUUUAUACGACAAUGUGGUCGAUCUUGUCUCAACAUUUAAAUCACAUAUAUUUACAUGUAUUAUAUACAUUUAUCAGUUUUACCAUGUUAUAAAUGAUGCUAUUAUUAAUGUAUAUUUUAAAACGAUGCACAGCAAUUAGUUUUCUUCAUGUAAAGUUUCUUUUAACUCC